AUGUCUGAUGAGAAGCCGGAAGUCGUGAUGAUGGAUCGGGAUGUCGAUUCUCGCAGCGACGCCGAGAAAGCUCCUGUGGCGCGAACCAUCGACAACAUACGUGUUCUCGGCCUAACUGACGACGACGCCGAAUUUUAUAGCGAGUUCGGCACUGCAAACAAAAAGAAAUUGAUCCGCAAAGUCGACAUACGCUUAGUGCCUAUGCUCGCGAUCCUUUACCUCAUCUCUCAGCUGGAUCGAGCCAAUAUUGGUAACGCCAAGAUUGAGGGUAUGGACAAGGACCUUCACCUCACCGGCGUCCAGUACAACAUCGCCCUCUCGCUCUUUUUCGUACCCUAUAUUCUAUUCGAAAUCCCAAGUAACAUGCUGUUGAAGAAGUUCUCAAGACCGUCGGUUUAUCUAGGAACUCUCGUCACCUCUUGGGGCGUCAUCAUGAUGUGCCACGGUUUCGUGAAGAACUUUGCAGGGCUCAUGGUAGUCCGGAUGAUCCUCGGAGUCCUGGAAGCUGGUUUUUAUCCUGGUGCGGUCUACCUCUGCACCUUUUGGUACAUGCCGAAGGAGCUGGCGACACGAAUUUCCGUAUUCUAUUGCUCAAGCGCACUUUCUGGUGCCUUCUCCGGUCUUCUGGCUGCUGGAAUCGCAGAGAUGGACGGCGUUGGUGGAUACCGUGGUUGGCAAUGGAUUUUCAUUCUGGAAGGACUCUUGACCAUUGUCUUGGGUGUCAUGUGCUUCUUCUUCCUGAUCGACUCCCCUCGCCUGUCCAGCAAGUGGCUUAGUCCCACCGAAAUCCGGUACCUGGAUCUCCAACUCUUCAUCAAGCAGGGUGGUCGCUUCUCCGACGCGAAGGAGGGUAUCACUCAUUGGCAAGAUUUCAAGGCUGUCAUUUCCAACCCUCGCAUGUGGGGCCAGGCCUACAUCUUGCUUUGUAUUUCGGCCUGCUCCUAUGGAAACAAGUUCACUCUUCCGUCCAUCACAAAGGCUAUGGGUUUCACCAACACCAAUGCUCAGCUGAUGACGGUUCCCCCCUACGUUGCCGGUGCUAUCUCGGCCAUCUUCUUUGCGCGCCUCUCAGAUCACUUCUACUGGCGCAUGCCUUUUGUAGCUAUUCCUCUGGCGCUGAUCGCCGUUGGAUACAGCAUCAUCAUCUCGUUCAAGGGGGAUCUGCCUGGCCAUGUAGGCGCCAGCAUGUUCGCUGUUAUCGUUGCAUGUAUUGGUAUCUACCCAGUUCAACCUGCCUGCAGCUCAUGGGCAGCCAACAAUUUGGCUCCAUCAAGCCGACGAGCUGUCGGAGUGGCAUUCGUCAUUGCCACAGGUAAUAUCGGCGGCAUCAUUGGAUCGUACAUGUUUUUCGACCGCGAGGCGCCAAGCUAUUUCACGGGCUACGGACUGGCCAUUGCAUUUGGCGUUACCGGCAUGAUCAUGUCCUUCGUUCUGGAGUUCUCUUACAUCUGGUCCAACAAGAAGAGGGCAAAGAUCUCGGAACACGAGGUCCGCAGUAUGUACUCUGAGGAUGACCUGUUGCGACUGGGUGACAACUCGCCACUAUUCAAGUACACAACGUGA